AUGUCGGAACAAGAAGCCAAUGUAAAGGUUGAGCAAUUCCUAUCAUAUCUGAGCCAGUCCCACUUGGAGAACCAAUCAGCAGAUAUAGAUACUCCAUCAGCCCAUAAGCCGCCAGGAAUGCUAGAUGAUGGGGCCUCUCUUGCGUCCUGGAGAGCUAUUCCAGAUGAUAUCACCGCACGUGAACGGGCGAAUGAUGCUGCCGCGGAUGCCGCCUUCCGUGCCGCAGCAGAAGCAGAUGCUGCUCGCGAAAAGGAGAAGAAAGAAUCAAAGAGAUUUUCGUCGUGGUUUGAUGGAUGGCUGGGAGGAAAGAAGGCUGAUAGCUUAGAUGCGGGUCCAGCUACAAACGCCGAGCAAAAAGUCUACAGAGCCAACCUAGGCGAAUCGAAGAUGAGACUGUAUUAUGAUAAGGAACUCGGAAAAUGGGUGCACUCCGACAAUCCAGAUGCCGCAAAGAAGACAGCAACCCCUCCACCUCCACGAAUGGGUGGUACCCCUCGGCUGCCACAGGAAUUUCGCGAAUUCAAGCCCCGGGACAAUCUAGAAUCUCGUACUGAGAUCGCUUGGCUUUUGGCAUAG